AUGGACGACAGCCAGCUGGACGCCAGCGGCCAUGAGGAUGGGCCUGACGAUGCGCCAGAAGAAGCGCCUGAGCCGUCCUCGGCGAAUCCUCAGAUUGCUAUUCGCAGGGCUAUUGACCGUCGACUCGAGACGGUCAUCCGCCUCCUGCAAGACAUGAAAGUCAAUCCAUCUUCUAAGAGUAAUACAAGUCGAGCCGAGCUACUCAAUUUCGCAUUGACCACAGCUGCCACACCUCAGGUCGAAGGCCCGCCAUGCUCAGCUCAACGCGUCUCAUCUACUUCAACUCCUGCCACCACGGCAAGUCAGACCAUGCAAUCAGACGAAGGUGAAGGCGGCAUUGUCGAGGGGGACUCUUCUCUUGCAGCGCAUUCUGUAUUUGCUACCGAGUUUUUGCAAAAGGUUGUGAGCACAGAGUCGCUGCAGGACUCAAGUCUAGAUCUCGGCGAGACGCUUGAUGCGUUGUCACAAAUCGUCAAUGCCUUGAAGCAACCGACUGCCGCGGGGGAGAUGACAUAUCCUCACGCGAAGCCGUUUACUCGGGUUCGUGCCCAGGGCAUUGAGUUACCGCCUAUAGAAAAGGCGGUGCACACUAUCAGAAUCGCAAAAAGUCAACGUCUCACGGGCAUGGCUUGGAUAUACGACUUUUUGCCAUCCCGUCGGUUCCCGGAUCUCUGUCUCAAUGUCUACUUUUCGGACAACUACUCGGAAUAUGAUUACAUCACUGUGAACGGAGGCCUCUAUUCGCUGUUCACAGACUACGCUGCGCAAGUAUCAGUUGAUGAACAAAAAGAGUACUUUGAUUAUGCCAAGUAA